CGCCGGUGCGACGUCAACGCAGACCACUAAGCUGUCCAGACCUGGGUACCGCCGCCCGGCCGCAGCUGAGUCCUCCGAGGGCCCGGGUCGGGCCGUUUGUUGAGUACCUUUGCGGCCGCCAUGGACAACUCCGGGAAGGAAGCGGAGGCGAUGGCGCUGCUGGCCGAGGCGGAGCGCAAAGUGAAGAACUCACAGUCCUUCUUCUCGGGCCUCUUUGGACAGCAGCCUGCAGAUCAAAUGUUGACACAGUUCCUGCUUGAACCGCUCUUGGGCACCAGCAACCCCUGGGAGCCCUGGAGGCUGGCUUUCCUGAGGCAGAGAUUGCGGCCAAGGUCCUCUGGAGGCUCAUCCAAAAUAGAGGAAGCAUGUGAGAUCUACGCCAGAGCAGCAAACAUGUUCAAGAUGGCCAAAAACUGGAGCGCUGCCGGAAACGCCUUCUGCCAGGCAGCCCAGCUGCACCUGCAGCUCCAGAGCAAGCACGAUGCGGCCACCUGCUUUGUGGACGCCGGCAACGCGUUCAAGAAAGCCGACCCCCAAGAGGCCAUUAACUGCUUGAUGAGAGCAAUUGAGAUAUACACAGACAUGGUCCUGCCUCUGGCCCCCCACAGGCCGUCGUUGUCCUCACUCGUAGACGUCACUGCUGUUGGGGUCCUCGCGUAUCCGGGCCGGUUCACCAUCGCGGCCAAGCACCACAUCUCCAUCGCUGAGAUCUACGAGACGGAGCUGGUGGACAUCGAGAAGGCCAUCGCCCACUAUGAGCAGUCUGCAGACUACUACAAAGGCGAGGAGUCCAACAGCUCUGCCAACAAGUGUCUGCUGAAGGUGGCUGGUUACGCGGCGCAGCUGGAGCAGUAUCAGAAGGCCAUUGACAUCUACGAACAGGUGGGGACCAAUGCCAUGGACAGCCCACUGCUCAAGUACAGCGCCAAGGACUACUUCUUCAAGGCGGCUCUCUGCCACUUCUGCAUCGACAUGCUCAACGCCAAGCUCGCUGUCCAGAAGUAUGAGGAGCUAUUCCCUGCGUUCUCCGACUCCCGGGAGUGCAAGCUGAUGAAAAAAUUGUUAGACGCCCACGAGGAACAGAACGUGGACAGCUACACCGAGGCGGUGAAGGAGUACGACGCCAUCUCCCGGCUGGACCAGUGGCUCACCACCAUGCUGCUGCGCAUCAAGAAGACGAUCCAGGGCGACGAGGAGGACCUGCGCUAGGCCCGCCUGGCCCCCUGGCACCCAUCUCCCUGCCCCGUCCGCUCUCCCCCAGCCUGGCCCUCCAGUGAGGAUCACGAAGAGCCCAGAGAGGUGGGGCCCGAGACGUUGGCUGCGAGACCUUCCCUCCUCCCCGCCAAGGAGUCUCGCAAGCCACGGUGCAGGCUCCGCACUGCUUCGGGGGCCCCUGAGGCUAGGCCCGCUGGCCAGACGGUCAUACUCUGUUCCCGCCGCAUCCCUUGCCCCCUGCCCCUUUAUUUAAGCCCCCGGAGGUACCCUUCUCCCCCCCGACACGCAGAGUCAUUGAUGCAGACCUAUUUGCUGUGGGUGCUGCCAGGGGUCAGGGUCAGCAUCUGGCCCCCCAUCUCCCAACCAGCUGAGUCGUGAGGUUGGUGUCUGUCUCUCUACCUUUGUCCCCCAGCCGAGCUCUGAGCCCACGUAGCCGCCGUGAUUUGCUGUCACUGCUGGGGGUGGGUUCCUCCCCCAGCCAGCACGGGAGCCUCCCAGCCUCCUGCAGCCCUCACCUCUCAGAGUAGUCCCAGGCCCUGGAGCUCCGAGGGUCAUCCCCAUGCCCACCCCUCCAUCUCCACCCUGCGCUUCGAGGUGUUGUUGGUGGGAAGCUGCAGCUGCCUGAGGAAGGAAAUAAAAGACAACACUUGUGCAUGA